AUGUCGCGGAGGACGGUAUUAAGUGCCGUUGGAGGCAAUGGCGCCGUCUUCGAGGCCGCCGCCGCCAGGAGGAUACCGCAGUGCAUGGCCGCGCCGCAACGGAGCUUCAGCUCGACUGCACAGCGAAAUGCGACCCAGAUCACGCACUUCAAGCCCGCCUCGUCCCCCGAGCUCGACGCCCUGCUGUCCACCAUCCGCCACCAGAUCAUCAUGCCCGCCUACCUGACCGAGACCCAGCGCAAGCGCCUCUACUCGUCGCGUUGGGAGAAGAGGCUGGCUCAGGACCCCAUCGUGAUGGAGGUCGACGGCGAGGUCUUCCGCUUCCGCCACCUCGAGCCCUUCAAGGGCGGCAUGGUCAACACCCGCAAGUCCAUCGGCCAGGCCGUCUCCCAGUUCUCCACCGACGCCGACUGGGAGAACCUGCGGCCCCUGCUCGAGGGCGUCCACAACGCCGGCCGCCGCCUGAGCGACACCUUCCUCGUCAAGCUUGUCCGCAUCGUCGGCGAAAAGGGCCACGCCGACGAUCUGAUCGAGUGCGCCCGCGGCGCGCGCCGCACCGGCUUCCGUCUCGACCGCCCCGAGAAGGUCAACGAGCUGCUGCACUACGUCCAGCUCAAGGCCGUAGACGCCGCCUGGGCCCGCCCCCAGACGGAGCAGGCCCUGCGCCGCGCCGAGCUCGUCAUCGAACUUCUGCAGAGCGACGCCCACGCCCCGGCCGAGGAUGCCAUCGUCGAGGGCUCCCUGCCCCUGCACCGCGACCCGCAGGUGCUCAUGGCGCCGCUGCACCUGGCCGCCGCUCUCGUCGUCAAGGGCGGCGUCACGGACGCCAAGGUGGUGGAGAAGGUGGACAAGCUCGCCGACACCGUCGUGCGGCUGUGGCCCGCCGACACGCCCUUGAGGAAGCUGUACCCGAUCAAGGAGUUCCUGGAUGAGGUGCAGAUGGGAUACCUCCUGCAGCCGAGCAAGUUCGUCGCCAUCACCACGCCCCUGCUCCACGGGCUGGAUCUGGCUGCUCAGGCUGUGUCGAGCCCAGAGCUGGCGGCGCAGCUGCGCUCGAGACACCAGGUCUUGGAGUCCGACAUCCAGAAGGCGCUGCGGGAGGUCCAGUCCAGCAAUAAGGCGAGCCACAGGGGCAAGGCCGUGUAUAACAAGUUCUUUGGCGGUGCGUAG